AUGGCUGAACAAAAUAAUGAUUUGCUGAUGAAAAAUCACGAGAAUCGACCUACUGGCGCUGCACCAUUCCCUGAAGUGAAUGAGGUGUAUGCCCACUACUCUAGGCGUGGAAAAGGUCGUGGCCCCGGUCAUGGUCAUCGUCGUGGUCGUGGUCGUGGUCGUGAUCGUAGUCGUGAUAAUGGUCAAGGAAAAAAUAAUUUCCCUGGCAUUAAUCAUUCUUCAAAGAAAAAUUACUACCAAAAGGGGAAAAAGAAGGAUGAAAGGCAUGAAGUGACACAAGCACGUGAAUCAGAAAAUAAAUGCUAUUGUUGUGGUGGAAGUGGACACUGGUCACGAACAUGUCAGAUGCCAAAGCACUUGGUUGAGCUUUGUCAAGCAUCAAUGAAAAGGAAAGAGAAAAAUCCUGAAGCUAAUUUUAUCUCUGAAUAUCAAGUUGAUAUUACUCACUUGGAUGUUGCCAAUUUUUUCAAGCACCCUGAAGGAAAAAUAGAUCACUUGAUUGGUGAUGGAUCUAUUGUUAAGAAUGAUUGA